AUGAUUACUAAUGAUAUUUCUAUUCUUGGAAUUGCUGAAACAUGACUGAAAACUUCCUUAUAUAUUCAAGGAUUUAUCUGAAUUGGAAAUAAUGGGCCAAUUGCUGGCAACAGAGGAUCAGGCGGAACUGGGUUACUAAUACAUGAAACAUUUGCAAAUCUAAUAACAUCAAUUGAAACUAACAAUCAUAGAAUAACAGCAACAUUAAUUGAAGAUUACUUGAUAAUAGUAGCUUAUGCCCCAGUAGUAGCAAAUCACCAAAGUAAGAAAUCAAUUGAUGACUAUAUUAACUUUAUCAUAGAAGUUCAAGAAAUUAUUCAAAAAAAUCAAAAGGAUAGACGUCAAAUAGUACUAUUGGGUGAUUUUAAUGCACAUCUAAAAGGAUAUUUAUCUGAAAUCGAUGAUCUAACAGGAGAGAUAUUUUCUAAAUUUAUAAAAGAUUCUCAUCUAUACAUUCUCAAUGAUAUGCAAAUAUCAACUUUUAGAGGUCAUAAUACACACACAAUUAUUGAUUACAUUCUCUCAAACUCAACAUCAGAAAUUAUUUAUAUAGAAGUCCCUCAAUUAAAUACUAACCAUAUUUUACUCCUAUCACGCAUUUCGAUAAUUAUAUCAUUAGGAACUCAAAAAAACAAUUAUUCCAUGAUAUAA